CACCACACAUCUGCUCCUGAGGAGAUGGGACCCUGAUCAGGAGGAGAGCUCUCUUCAUCCCUCAGUCUGUAUGGCUGAAACCUCCAGAGCACUGUAAGGAGAGGAGCCCACAGGAAAAGAAAAAUCCUUCAUCCUGAGACAAUAUUUAUGUUUACCAUCUCCCAGGCUGAUUGCUCUCCUAAAUUUGGAGUGAUGUCCCAGUGCUGGUGCAGGCGGGUCGUGCUUUGUGUGGAACUGGGUGUACUGGUGGCAGUCCUGGCGGCUGGCAGCACAGCUCAGCUAUUUGAGAGGAGGCAAGCCGGGUCAUCGUGCUAUGGAGGAUUUGACCUCUACUUUGUUUUGGACAAGUCUGGCAGUGUGCAGCAUUACUGGAAUGAAAUAUAUUACUUUGUCGAUCAUCUGGCUCACAAGUUUAUCAGUCCUCAGCUGCGGAUGUCUUUUAUUGUAUUUUCAACAGAAGGAAGGAUUCUCAUGCCUCUAACGGAAGACAGAGAUCAGAUUCGGGCGGGACUGGAGGAGUUACGUAUGGUGCAGCCAGGCGGAGACACCUUCAUGCACAGAGGAUUUCAAAGGGCCAGCGAGCAAAUAUACUACGGGACUGGAGAUGGUUACCGGACAGCCAGUGUCAUCAUUGCCCUGACGGACGGUGAACUGAGAGAAAAUCAGUUUGACCUGGCUCAAAGAGAGGCUGGCAGAGCACGGCAACUGGGUGCCACUGUGUACUGUGUGGGAGUAAAAGACUUUAAUGAAACCCAGCUUUCAACGAUAGCUGACAGCAAGGAUCACGUCUUCCCUGUGAAUGAUGGAUUUCAAGCAUUGCAAGGCGUCAUAGACUCGAUCCUAAAGAGAUCAUGUAUUGAAAUCCUAGCUGUCGAGCCCUCCAGCAUCUGUGAAGGAGAAUCCUUCCAGGUGGUGGUGAGUGGAAAUGGUUUCCUUCAUGCCCGAGAUGUACAGAAAGUUCUCUGCAGCUUCUGGAUCAACGACACUGUUACUUUGAUGAAAAGACCUUUGGUGGUGAGAGAUACCUACCUUUUGUGCCCAGCUCCUGUUCUGGAAAAACAGGGAACGUCUGCCACUCUCCACGUCAGCAUGAAUAAUGGCCUGAGCUUCAUAUCAAGCUCUGUCACAAUCACUGCAGUUGCUUGUUCUGACGGGACCUUUGUGGCUAUCGCGCUUCUGAUCCUGCUGCUCCUGUUGACCAUCGCUCUGCUGUGGUGGUUUUGGCCUCUCUGCUGUACCGUGGUCAUCCAUGAGCCACCUCCACCAGUAAUAGAGGACAUUUCUGAUGAUGAAGAUGGUUUUCCAAAGAAGAGGUGGCCCACGGUAGAUGCGUCAUACUACGGAGGCCGUGGAGUCGGGGGUAUCAAGAGAAUGGAGGUUCGAUGGGGAGAUAAAGGAUCGACUGAAGAAGGAGCCAAACUGGAAAAGGCUAAAAACGCUCGCGUUGUGAUGCCCGCACAGGAGUAUGAUCCUGCUCCACUGCGGCAUUACUACAACUCACACAAAUCUUCCCAACCCCACAAGUGGUACUCGCCCAUCAAGGGCAAACUGGAUGCUCUGUGUGUAUUUCUGAGAAAAGGCUACGACAGAGUGUCUGUAAUGCGACCUUAUCCCGGAGACAAGGGCAGGUGCAUAAACUUCACCCGGAGUAAAUCCUAUCCUGCUCCUCGCUACCCCAUCUACAAACACCCCGCCACACCUGUCUACACUUUGCCCCACAGCUACCAGCGCCGUCUGUCGGAGGGCAACGAGCUCUCUCAUUUGCCCCCCUCUCCAACUUCAACCCUUCCUCCUCUGCCAUCCACUCCUCCGCCAUCCUCCACCAGCUCGCCCAUGUACACGCCACCUCCAAACAGAGCCCUGCCCUCAACCAGCAACAGCUCUCUCUCUGCACCUCCGUCUCCUACCGGCUCUCUGCCGCCUCCACCUCAGGGUCCACCUCCGUGUAGAGCACCACCUCCGUCGCGGCCCCCUCCACGCCCCAAUCAUGACAACCACUGAUAGCUAAAAACUGAAAUACUGGAGGAUCCCAGCUCCGAACGGGAACCUAAAAAAGGGCUUUUCACUGUGUCUUCUCACCUGGUGAUUCAUCACCCACUCGUGGCCCACACCUGCCAUGAUAUGAACUGUGACUUUGUUUUUUUAAGUUUAAAAAGUGAAAAUAUUUGGUGUAAAUGAGCACAGCUUUAGCUAAUGGAGUUAGCAUUCAUUUCUUUUUUAAAGAAGUUUUGCUCUUCAAAUCAGAUAAUUUGGUCAAACAUUUCAAAUUACCAAUGAAAAUUGUAACCUUUGUCUUUAAACUGUCACGAGUUUGAACAGCAGAAAACCCAGUGCUUCAUCAAAGGUAUCAUGUGUUUUAUACAUGAGAGUUGGUCCAGGAAGCAGUAUUUUGUGAAUGAAUGUUCUUUGAAUCACAAAAACAUACAUGUACACACAUUGUAUUUAAUGGAAGUUGACUGUUUUUAAUACUAUGAGUAUUUUUGAGGGUUUUUGGGUUAAUUUUUUUAAAAGUAAGCAGAGCUGGGCGAGCUGUUUUGCUACAAGUGUUUAUGCUAAGCUAAGCUAACUGCACCCUAGCUUCACAUUCAUCGUACAGGCACGAGAGUGGCUUUGAUAUCCUCACCUAGCUUUUGGCAAGAAAACAAAUAAGCAUAUUUACCACCGUUAAGAUUUACACAUUGCUGACACAAACAUUGUGUGCUGCAGAGAAACUGGUCCACUAAACGCCGUGAAUAUGACUAUUUUCUUCUCGUCAGUGUGGAAAUAAAUUCUUUUGCAGA